ACACACAAACACACACGCAGCCUGUCCGGGUAGGAUGGGACCAGAGCAGAGCAGCAGCCACAUAUCCGUGCACGCCUGACCGCUAAGACUACUUCCUGGACCGAAAGAAUGGGACGUUUCCAGCAACACUUUUCCCCUUCAACCUCCGUCUCGCUGACGCCGCGGAUAAUCACUUCAUAAUGACCGCGUAUGAUCAAUAAUAUUCGACCACUUUUUUUCCUGUAGUUAACGACAGCGAUUGAUUGCCGAUCGACUCCCCCCCCCACCCUCACCAACCCCUUUUCCUCCUCCUUCUUCUCUCUCUCCACCUCCUCCUGCUUUUUUCUCCCCACACUUCGGGAAUGUCGCUGCGUGGAAGCCCGCUGCAGACACGGAGGACUCCACCAACAACACGCGUUGAAUUGUUUCCUGCACAGCCUCUGCGUGCUCGCCGCUUUAUUCCUCGAAGCUAAGGAGAGCAGCCCGUGCUCGGCCCGGAGGCGAGUGAAUCUGGCUCCCCCCCACCCCCUUACCACCACCACCACCACCACCACCAAGGCACUGACUGUAUCCUGUGACCGUCAAGCCGAUCCUGUACUUUGAUGCUCUGCCUGCGUGGCCGCCGUGACAACUUCGGCUUUUAGUGCGUAAUUCUUCCUAAAGGACAAACAGCGGCGGCGGCGGCGGCAGAAGAAGAGGAAGAAGAAGAGGAGGAGGAGAGGGGGGGUUUAAAAAAAAAAAAAAAGGACUAACUUAAUCACCCGUUGCCUUUUCUUGUUGCUCUCGAUGAGUAGUCUAACAUGCGGAAAAUACGGGAACCGAGUCACUGGUGGAUUUUAACCCUGCUGUUUUUAACCUUGCCCGAAAACAAAGACUGUCAGCCCGUUGCAUCGGGUGACCAACCUCGCUUCACUGGAGGCAGCCGUCCUGGGAGCACAGGCGUAAUGAGGGAGAGGAGGACAGCUGGUGACCCCUACUGGUCCUAUUCAGGAAGCCAUGGGCCUCGAGGCUGGCCAGCUUCGUACCCAGAGUGUGCUGCAAAGAACCAAUCACCUGUGGACAUUGUGGAUGAACAAGCCUUGGGCCGGGACGAGUAUCAGGAGCUGGAGCUGGACAAGUUCAACAUUGAGUCGUCCAACCAGACCACCAUGAAGAACACUGGAAAGACAGUUGCUGUGCUCCUGAAGGAUGACUACUUUGUAAGAGGCGCUGGACUGCCAGGGCGCUUUAAGGCUGAGAAGAUGGAGUUUCACUGGGGCCAGAGUAAUGGAUCAGCAGGCUCAGAGCACAGCAUAAAUGGCAGAAGGUUCCCCGUAGAGAUGCAGAUCUACCUUUACAAUUCAGACGACUUUGACAGCCUCAGCGCGGCCAUCAAGGAGAGACGCAUCGUCGCUGCCAUGGCCGUCUUCUUCGAGCUUGGGCAAAAGGACAACCCAGCUGUGGACCCAAUCAUCCAGGGAUUGAAAGGAGUGGUGCACCAUGAAAAGGAGACCAACCUCAGGUCAUUCAUCUUGAGGGAUCUGCUGCCGUCGUCGGUGGACAGUUAUUACCGAUACACCGGCUCUUUGACCACGCCGCCCUGCAGCAAAGUGGUGGAGUGGAUCAUCUUCUCCAGGCCCGUGUAUCUGUCCCACUCACAGCUGGAAGCUUUUUACUCCAUCUUCACAACGGAGCAACAGGACCAUGUCAAGUCUGUGGAGUACCUGACAAACAACUUCAGGCCCCUGCAGGACCUGAACAAUAGGAAGAUUUUUAAGUCGGCCGUGAAAGAUGCAUGGCAGAAAGAUUUGACUGAGAUACUAGGAAGCCCACACAGCACUGAGGCAUCUAGAGUGUGCAGCAGCGCGCCGGUGAGCAUGAAGAUCCAGCCGCUGAACGAGACGGCCUUGAUGGUGAGCUGGGAACGCCCCCUGACAAUCUACCACCCCCCCAUCACCAGUUACAUGGUCUCUUACAGCUGGGUGAAGCGGGACGUCGCAGACGAGAAGACUUUUAUAAAGACGGGAGACCAGAGCAUGAAAGCGGUCAUUAAUAACGUGUCCCCGGACCUGCUCUACCUGUUCCGGGUGCAGGCAGUGUGUCAGCAUGACCUACGCAGUGACUUUAGCCAGACGCUGCUGUUCAGAGCCAAUACAACAAGGAUCUUUGAAGGGUCUCGCAUCGUGAAGACUGGGAUGGUUAGUUGGCCAGAAGAUGGCAGCCCCACAGUAUCCCCAGCUUCCUCGGCUGAUAUGGCUCCCAUCAGCUCAGGCUCCUCCACCUGGACGUCCUCUGGUAUCCACUUCUCCCUCGUGUCAAUGGCUACAGGGAUGGGCCCCUCCUCCAGCGGCAGCCAGGCCACGGUGGCGUCGGUGGUGACCAGCACCUUGUUGGCGGGGUUGGGCGUCGGCGGCGGGGUGAUCUCCUCGUUGCCCAGCUCUGUUUGGCCCACACGGACUCCUCCGGCAACUCAGAACCCAGCGCAUCCAAACACCCCGCCUUCGAAGCCCAGCACUGAGCAGGCGGCCACCCAGGGCGCCGAGAGUGAGAAGAAGGUCGGGGAAAAACAGGCCGCCGGUGAGGGGGGGGAGGAGGAGGAGGAAGAAAACGGCGAAAAGGAAGAAGAGGAGGAGGAAGAAGAGGAUGAGAAAAGGAAAAAGGACAAUAAUUCACCUGAUAAUGAGGAGAAGCAGUCAAACAGCACCGUGUCCGCAGAGCCUUUAAUCCCUACCCCCGCAUCUACAGCCAAAGAGAAAGGAAAGGGCAACCCGACAGCCGCAGCCCCUGCAAGGACGGACGACGGCCGCUUGGAAAAGGAGGGGAAGAGACCCACAGACGUAAACACAGUCUCCACCCAGGAGCCGCAUAAUGACAGCGCCGAGAUGCAGAUUCCUCAGAGCUCGACCGUAUCUCCAAAGGAUAAAAGUGAUGGAAAGGGUCACUGGCCUUUUUCCGUCCACACUGAUCAAACCGUCUUGUCCAACGUGACGCGGACCCCUCACCCGGGAAUGGGCCGGAUGGUGUGGAUCGUUCCCCUGGUGGUGGUGUCUGCUCUCACUCUGCUGUGCCUCAUCAUGCUGCUGAUCGUGAUGGUCUACUGGAGGAGAUUUUUCCAGACGGCUCAUUUCUAUGUGGAGGAGAGCAGCUCUCCGCGGGUGGUGGCCAAUGAGAAUAUCCCCAUCAUCCCUAUACCAGACGAUAUGGACGCCAUUCCUGUAAAGCAGUUUGUUAAGCACGUCAUGGAGCUCUACAAAAGCAACAUGCAAGGUUUUGCAGAGGAGUUUGAGGAGGUCCAGCGCUCCACAGUCGACUUAAAAAUCACCGCUGAACAUUCCAAUCAUCCUGACAACAAGCACAAAAACAGAUACAUCAACAUUGUAGCCUAUGACCACAGCAGGGUGAAAUUGCGAGCUUUGGCGGGGAAAGAUGCCAAACAUUCGGAUUACAUCAACGCCAACUAUGUGGAUGGCUACAACCGUCCCAGGGCUUAUAUCGCCGCUCAGGGUCCUCUCAAGUCUACGUUCGAAGACUUCUGGAGGAUGGUGUGGGAGCAGAACACGGGAAUUAUUGUCAUGAUAACCAACCUGGUGGAAAAAGGCAGGAGGAAAUGCGACCAGUACUGGCCGACGGAGAACAGCGAGCAGUACGGAAACAUCGUGGUGACGCUGAAAAGCACCAAAGUGCACGCCUGCUACACUCUGCGCCGCUUUCUUAUAAGGAACACGAAAGUUAAAAAGGGUCAGAAGGGGAACCAGAAAGGGAAGCUAAAUGAACGCAUCGUGAUCCAGUAUCACUACACUCAGUGGCCUGACAUGGGAGUACCAGAGUAUACCCUCCCUGUCCUCACUUUCAUCAACCGCUCCUCAGCGGCUCGUACUGCAGACAUGGGUCCCGUCCUGGUGCACUGCAGUGCCGGGGUCGGGCGCACAGGAACGUACAUCGUCAUCGACAGCAUGCUGCAACAAAUCAAGGACAAAAGCACAGCCAGUGUCCUGGAUUUUCUCAAACAUAUACGCACACAACGCAACUACCUUGUCCAGACUGAGGAACAGUAUGUGUUCAUCCACGAUGCGCUGAUGGAGGCCAUCCUCAGCAGGGAGACGGAGGUGCCGGCCUGGAAGCUGCACGGCUACGUCAACAGCAUUCUGACGCCCAACUCGGCCAGCCGCACGCGGCUGGAGAAGCAGUUCAGGCUGCUGAGUCAGUGCAACACGCGCUUUGUCGAGUGCUUCAGCGCACACAAAGACUGCAACAAGGAGAAGAACCGCAACUCCUCGGUGGUUCCCUCGGAAAGAGCAAGGGUUGGACUCACCACCCUGCCUGGCAUGAAAGGAACAGAUUACAUUAAUGCAUCCUACAUAAUGGGCUACUACAGGAGUAAUGAGUUCAUCAUUACCCAGCAUCCUUUGCCCCACACCACCACAGACUUCUGGAGGAUGAUUUGGGACCACAAUGCUCAGAUUAUCGUCAUGCUGCCUGACAACCAGGGGCUGGCUGAGGAUGAAUUUGUUUACUGGCCGAGCCGAGAAGAGGCCAUGAACUGCAUCGCCUUCACUGUAACUCUCAUCAGUAAGGACAGACUGUGCCUCUCCAACGAGGAGCAAAUCAUCAUCCACGACUUCAUCUUGGAGGCCACGCAGGAUGAUUAUGUUCUGGAGGUGAGACACUUUCAGUGCCCCAAAUGGCCAAACCCAGACGCUCCUCUCAGCAGCACCUUCGAGCUCAUCAGUGUCAUCAAGGAGGAAGCCAUGACCCGAGAUGGCCCCACCAUUGUGCACGAUGAGUGUGGCGCCGUGUCGGCGGGCAUGCUCUGCGCCCUGACCACGCUGUCCCAGCAGCUGGAGAGCGAGGGCGUCGUUGACAUCUAUCAGGUGGCCAAGAUGAUCAAUCUGAUGAGGCCGGGGGUCUUCACUGAUAUAGAGCAGUACCAGUACCUUUACAAAGCCAUGCUGAGCCUGGUCAGCAACAGAGAGUGCAGCCUGAGUCCCACUCACACGGACACUAACGGGGUGGUGGUGAUCGCAGACGAGUCGGACCCCGCCGAGAGCAUGGAGUCGCUCGUCUGAGGACAUUCCUGCAGGCACUUAAUUUGUAAAAAAAAAAAGAACAAACAAAAAAAACCACCGAUCCAAGAACUUUUCUGAGGCCUUUUUGCCAGACUAUUGAUUAAACGAAUAACCUUAUUACUUUUUUAUACUGAUAAAAAGGUUUUUUGAUAUUUAUGUUUUUUUUUUCCUGUCCUUUAUUUCUUGUCUUAAAUGUUCUCCUGCUGAGCGUUUGCACCUGUUUUAAGUUGACAUAAGGAAAAAGCAGCUCUGUCCACUUUGCACUAAACUAUCAGUGUUACUGCCUACACCCAGCGAGUGGAAGAAAACCUCGGGGUAUGGGGUCGGGGGGGUGUUUCGGACCGCAUCGAGACAAAAACCUGAAGCAUGAAGACCGGGAUGAGUUGAGGCGAUCCACCUGAAGUAAAGUCUUAAACCACUUCAUCACAUCGUUUGGCAGCCCGGCAUGUAUUCUCUGUCACUUUGUCACCGUUUCGAGGCUCCACUUCUCUUUUUAAUCAUGUGAACAGACUUUCAGCUGCUUCUACAUAAAUGUCCCAGAAUCUCACUGCUGUCCUGUAAAAUGUACCUAUGGCUUAAUUAUUUUUGGUUCAAAUCUGUUGCGACAUCUAAUGUGAACAUUUAUUGCUUUUUACAGGGAUUUAUAUUGUUGUAUUGUUUUGUAAUAUAUAUAUACAUAUAUAUUAUCUUUAAUAGCCCUGUUAUGUUUAUUUCUGUACUACUAGAUCCAUACUCCAGGGGGGGAGGUGCUGUAGUUUAUGUACGGCCUGCAAAUCUCCAGCCCUGUUCUUACUUUUUUUAUUUUUUUUGCUUUUUCUUUACGGCUUUAGUUGUUGCUUCUCCUAACCUCAGCAAGUCACAGCUCAGCCGUUUAACACACGUAUCUGUACCGACACGACGCAAUGCCUACUAGAAAACGUACAAAAAAAAAAAAACUUUGAAAAAGAAAAAAAAAACACGAUUCACUCUGCACAAAGUUUUUCAUGUUUUAUUUUAAAGCGUUUUGUCGCAAUGUAAUUCGAAUCUGUUCCCGGCACUGAUCAUCACGCAAAGGGAUUUCAAAAUCAAGGUGAAAACAAAUUUUUCGCUGGAUGUAUGGCUGACAGUUUCCAAAUCGGUGUUUAUUUCCUUACUGUUGGAUCAACGUAUCUUUGUGCUUGUGGAUGCUUCUGGUUUUUCUCCCUGCCAAGCUGCUCUGGGUCACUGACUCCACCACAUCGCCGUUCUGUUUUUAGGACAUACCUGCAGAAGUUUAACUGCAGCAACACUUGAUAUUUCACUGUUUCAUUAGACUUUACUGACGACGAGCAUCUUCACUUGAUCCUCCCUGUGAAGUUUUAAUUCAGUGCCUUGGAAGUCAUUCCAGUCUCUGACUGGUUAAUUUUUUUUUCCUGCAAAGAUGUAACCUUAAUUUGCUUUCUUUAUUCAGUCCUAAUUUAUCAUGUUAGUUGGGCUUGGAUCCAGAACCGGCCAGAGGCAAAGGCAAACUAAGCUGCUGCUUCAGAUUCCCCAGCCAGGAGGUUCCCUCCAAAAGCGUUUAAGCUCUUAUAUAUGCGAUAGAUCUCAAAACUCAUUAAAUAGUUUUUUGGCAUUUGAAGUCAAGAAUGAGAUCACUUUACAACACGUUAGUUUUCACAAUAGUGGCUUUAAAAGAAUUUACCAUUUUUAAUUAGCUCAAAAUCAGUAAAUAUAACCUUUAACUUCAUCUAGGUUUUAAAUUGACAAAUGUAUGUUUAUAAAUAGUACAAAAAUAAUAUUGUCCCACAUAUCCAUUUCUCGGUUCUUUUGUCACAUUCAAAUGUUUCUGGUUAACAGACAAGGAUAACAUGAUUAAAUACAAAAUGCAGUUUUCAAAUAAUGAUUAAAUAUAUUAAGGAAAAAAGGCUUAUGUCCAACUACACCUCAUUCUAUUUGCAGACGUAAUUGCCACCUUAGCCUAAUAAGUGGUUGUGAAAAAAAAACUAUCAUCAAAUGGCUGUGUUAAGUGGCAAUUAGUCUUUUAGCUCCUAUGGGGAAACUUUGGUUCAUUUCUCUUCACAGAAUGGAUUUAUUUCAACCAUAUUGGAGGAUUUUAAAGCAUGAAAGGCCUCUUAAAGGGCACAGCAGAGCGUCUCUCUUCGAUUCAAGUCCGGGCUUUGACUAGGCUUCUCUGCAAUGCUGCUUUUGCUCUCUUGCUUGGCAUUGAAUCUUGAACUCCGGUCUUAAUUGAGACAAAAGAGCACUCGCAGUGCUUUAGAUGUCGAGGGUCCUUCUGUGACCUCCGGGAUGAGAUGUCAAUGCGCUCUUGAAGUAAUUUGGGUAUAAAGGCUCUCACUGGUCCCACGGGCUUGAAAAAAGGUUUUUAACUAUUUCCAGACUGACAGAUUUUAAUGACUUGUCAUUUUCCCUUAAUAAAGGAAAUCAUGGUUUGAAAUCAGGUUUUUUUUUUUUUUACUUUUGAUUUAGUUAGGAAGUCUUUCUCCAGUAUUUGUUUUAUGGUCUGAAACAUUGAAGUGUGACAGAAGAAACCUGUGGGGGUAAUAUGUUUCACAGCACUGUAGUAAACCUUAUGCAGGUAGGUCUAUACCGACUGAUAGGUUCCCGAAUUAACAUCUGCCUGUGGCGCCAUUGAACCUCCGGCCAACCCUGCUUAUAUAGUGGCAUAUUUAACACCUUUUUCACUGCCAUUAAACACAGAAAUGUCUUAUUAUGCACCCUGAUUCAUUCAGAUAAUGAAAGUAUUUGCUGCUAUUUAACAUUUCAUGAAUUUAUAGAAUUUAUUUUCACCUUGACAUGAGCGUCUGCUGAUCAGUGUCUCAUUUAAAAAAAAAAGAAAAGAAAACUCUGUGAAUAAAUAAAACAUGAAAAAAGUAAUAAUCCAAGGGAGGUGAAAACUUUUCUAUAGACACUGUACUUUCCUUCUUGGUGGGUUGAUGCUUUAUUUGUAACCAAAGAUGUGGUUCCAGUUUGCGACAUGUUAAGUGGUUUUGUCCUAAGAUCUAUUUAACCGACGAGCGUUUGAAAUCAAAUUGUUGCGUACAGAUUUUCCAGUGUCAGAGGUGUGAAUUUUAACCAGAGUUUAAGCAUGUUUCUGUUCGAGCCUCAGGAACUUGCCUUCCGGAGAAGUUUUACUUUCGUGAUGCUUUCCUCACUCUAGUAAACAAGGUUAAACAUUCAGACUGUAAAAUUGUAUUUUAUCCAGGCCGAAAUUCCGUCUCUGCGUUAUUUUGUGGCUAUAAUUAUAAUCCCUUUUCAACCCUGAA